AUGGCUAAGAUAGAUAGUGCAGCUGAUACAGACUGGAGUAAAGCUCCACCACAAAGGAGGUUAGGUAGAGUAUGUGGUGGUAAGUAUUUAGAAGACUACCAGAUGGAUGAAUCCUCACCGGAAGCACUCGAGCGUCCAUUAAUCAAAGUUGAAUGCGACGUGCCGCUAACGUACACGGAAUCUAUAGAAAAAGACGGUAAAGAAUGGGUUAUGUUGACGUAUGCGCCUGGUGAUAAGGAAAAUCCAUUUAAUUGGAGUUCUAAACGUAAGUGGUUCUACACUUGGGUUUUAAAUUUAAUGACAUUAAUGAUUGGUUUGGGUAAUACGGUUUACAACUCUACUAUCUCCGGUAUGUGUAAGGAUUUACACAGAUCUACAGAGAUUGGUCAAUUAGGCCUUUUCGUAUUUAACCAGACUUCGGGUGUUCUUCCACUUUUCUUGGCACCAUUCUGUGAAUUAGUCGGUAGAAAAGUGGUUUACACUGCUGGUUUUAUUGGAUUUUGUCUUACUUUCAUUGGAUUAGCACUAGGUAGAAACAUGGCGACCAUUUUAGUUCUACGUACCCUCCAGGGUGGUUGUGGUAGUAUUGGUACCAUUUUAGUUGGUGGUACCUUUGACGACAUGUUUAUCCCUGAGGAAAGAGCUAUUCCAAUGGCACUUUUCUCUCAUAUUGCUAUUUUUGGUACGAUGGCGGCACCAAUUUAUGCAGGUUUUGCUGAUCAAGCAAUUGGCUGGCGUUGGGUAGAAGGUAUUCAAGGUUUGGCAAAUAUUCCAUUGUUAAUUAUUGUGGUUCUUUUCUUUAAAGAAACUCGUGGUGGUGUUUUCUUACAACAGAGGGCUAAAAUAUUACGUAAAGAUACUGGCGAUGAAAGAUGGGUAGCUAAAGAAGAAUUAGAGGCACCAGAGUUGAAAGAUGCUCUUUACAAUUCAUCUGUUAAAGCUAUUGGCAUGUUAUUAUCCGAACCUGUUGUAUUUUUCUUUGGUAUGUGGAUUGCAUUUACUUGGUUCAUUACUUUCCUUUUCUUGUCCGUCAUUACUAUUACGUUCUCCGAACAGAAGCACUGGUCUGAAGGUAUUGCAGGUUUACCGUACAUUUCGUUGUGUAUUGGUGUUACUUUGGGAUUUUUCUUAAACUUCUUACAGAUUAGGAAGUAUGAUAAAAUCAGAUCUAAAGCAACAGGUGCAAUCGCUCCAGAACAUCGUCUUUAUGGUGCUAUGGCAGGUGGUAUCUUUUUGCCAAUUGGUCUAUUUAUCUAUUCGUUUACGCAAUACCAUUGGCUUCACUGGAUUGGUCCCAACAUUGGUUUAGUUUGCAUUGCAUUUGGUAUUUUCUUUAUCUUUGAAUCAUGCUACUCCUAUACAUCUGAUUGUUAUGGUCCAAGUGCGUCUUCAGCUAUUGCAGGCCAAAGUUAUUUGCGUAAUGAAUUAGGUGCAGUAGCCCCAUUGUUUGCAGCUCAAAUGUUUAGAGGUAUGCAUAGUGAAUGGGCUGGUUUGUUAUGUUCUUUGGUUGGUACAGGUUUGAGUUUAUUACCUUUCAUUUUAUUCAAAUUUGGUCCAAGUAUUCGUGGUAAAUCUAAACGUGCUAUUGUCUACGAAGAUCAUAUGGUUUCCAGUGAUGAAAGUGAUGAUUCCAACAGUAAUAUUGGUUUUGCUGAUAAAGAUUAUAAGGAUGAUGGCGGUCUAUUCGAUGAUGGUGAACCAUCGAAAUCUUCACAAUCUCGUCUAACUAAUGAUGAUGAUCAUGAUAAUGCACAUAUUGAAGAUGCCCACGCUGUGAACAGUAGGGCAAUGACAAAUGUUCAUUAA